AGGUGUAAACAACCAUUGUAAACUUUCCUCCAGUCCAUAGCACAGCAUCGAUCUAUAGGAAAUUUAAUAUGACGGUAUCGAUGAGCAGCCGUUUCUGGGCCAAAUCGAUUCAUGGGGAAUAAAGUAACUUCGUUUACUGAGACACAGCUAGAGGCGUAUCAGGACUGUACAUUUUUUACAAGAAAAGAUAUUUUAAGAGUAUUCGAAAGGUUCAAAGGUCUGGCCCCUGAUCUCAUCCCCUACAACAUGACGAGCAACGAGGGCUCCAAGCUGAAGAUCCCGGUGGAUAAAGUCGAGAACAUGCCAGAACUGAUUGAAAACCCCUUCCGGAGACGGAUCUGCCAAGUUUUCUCUGACGACGGUUCCGGUGACAUGGCGUUCGAUGACUUUCUGGACAUGUUCUCUGUGUUAAGUGAGGCGGCACCUAGGGAGAUCAAGUCUACGUACGCUUUUAGGAUUUACGAUUACGAUGGGGACAACUAUCUUGGGAAGACUGACUUAGAGAAGACACUGAAGGGGCUGACCCAGGACUCCCUCAAGAAGGAGGAGGUGACUUUUAUCAUUGACAAGAUCCUGGAGGAGACAGAUCUCGACGAAGACGGAAUGAUGUCUUUCACGGAAUUUGAGCAUGCAAUAUCUAGGUCACCGGAUUUUCUCACAACUUUUCACAUCAGGAUAUGA